GAUGGUAUGUGGAGUCGCAAUGCCACAGCUGAAUAGCAAAGAUUAUAUAAAGCAAGGUCAGUGUGGAUUUGACUUCAAGCAUCACUCUUCCUUCAGACAACGAAGCUGCAGGUGGUUGCCAGAAUGCCUCCUGCACUGAUUGAGCCCUUGCCAUCUUGGGAUUAUCCCACCUACGUACAAGCGAAGUCGGUUUCUCUUGCCAAAGAUGCUGAACCACAAACUCUCAUCCAACUGCUACAACGUGCUGCAACACGCUGGCCGAACAACAGCAUCUCUUUCAAAGACAAAGGAUGGGACCAGGAGGCAGAGACACUUACUUACGCAGACAUUUUCCGUGAGGUUAUGUUUAAUGCAGCAAAACUUCGAGCCGGGGGCAUAGUUACAUCGCAAAAGUGCAUUGUGUUGUACUUCAAUACACACCGCGCCAAUACUAUAUGGUACUGGUCUGUCGUGGCCGCUGGCGGCAUACCUGCACUGCUCAGCCCCUUGUCGAACAAUGCAACAACACUUACUGGCGAGCUGGACAACGUCAAUAAGCUUUUCCAAGGGCCUACCAUUCUGACAUCCAAGCAACUGAGCGGAACAUUCAAGCUAAUUCCUGGCUUCAAAACCACCACGAUCCAACAAGUGGCAAUUAUCCCAAACACGCCGGUUCAAGAAGAGAACGCGGCAAACUCCGAUGCAUUGGCAACAUUGCUUUUUACAUCCGGGAGCACGGGAUACGCUAAAGCUGUGGAAUACACGCACGAACAACUCAUAUGCUCGAGCAAGCUCAAGAGCAAGUUCCAUCGCAUGGAUUCGAGCAAGACAUUCAUGUCUUGGAUCAGUUUCGACCACAGUGCUGCUCUUUGCGAGAUUCACCUGCAAGCUCUGUAUGCAGGAGCUAACCAAGUCAUGAUCCCGGCUAUUGACUUCGUGCGUCAGCCACUCCGCUUCUGGGCUGCUCUCAGUGAACACAAGGUUGCGUAUACAUUCUCGCCCAACUUCUUUUUGGCUGCAGCCUCCCGUGCGAUGAAUGAGCAAAGUGGGAAGCACGAGUAUGAUUUCAGUAAUUUGAGAGUUAUCAUGUGUGGCGGUGAAGCGAACCGGACAAGCACUCUGGCGAUGACGGAGGAGGUUUUGGUGCGAUACAAUGCUCCACCAAGAAGUAUCAAAUCGAGUUACGGUUUGUCUGAGACUUGUUCAGCUUUCUUCUACAAUCUGGAAUCACCCACAUAUGACGUUGAACACGGAUACGUCUUCGCGUCUGUUGGAAAACACCUCCCGCAGCAUUCUCUGCGCAUUGUCGACGAAGAACGAAACCACGUUCCUCAAGGAUCAUCUGGUGCCAUCCAGGUGCGCGGCCCUCUCAUCCUCAAGCGCUACUUCAACAACAAGGCCGCGACCGAUGCCUGUAUGACUCCGGAUGGUUGGUUCGACACCGGUGACCUCGGGCUUCUGGAUCCAGCUGGUAACCUCCGUAUCGUUGGCCGCUCAAAGGAGGUUCUCAUCAUCAACGGACAGAACUACUCCUCAUUCGAGCUGGAACACGCCAUUGAGUCAACCAAGAUAGCAGGAUUGACGCCAAGCUACAUCGCCUCUUUUUCCAUCUGGGAUGAUAAUGUCGAGGCGGAUAGCGAGGACAUUGUCAUACUCUUAAACCCCCGCGACGAUGUAGUGCAAGAUUCUCCCGAGCUCCGGGAUACCAUCUCGCAGAUUAACGAAGCUGCCAUUCGUUUCUGUCGCAAAAGCCCUGCUGUCAUCAUCCCGCUGCCGAAGGAAAAGAUGCCCAAGUCAACCAUUGGCAAACUGUCACGGGCCAAGCUGAAGAAAGCAUACCAAGCAGGACAGUUCGACGAAUUCAAGCUGCCGGAAGCGCUUCCCGUUGACGAAUCUGCAGAAUCCAAGGGCUCUGAGCUUAUCACGCCAUUGCAGAAAACCAUUGGGACGGUCUUUGCUGCCGAAACAGGCGUGGAGCUUUCGGACCUACGCCUGGAUACGGUCAUUUCUCGCCUUGGUAUUGACAGUCUAGGCUACUUGCGCAUCAAGUCAUCCUUGGAAAAGGCGCUUGAUGCGGAGGACCCGAUGCCAAUGACGGAGCUUCUCGCAUGCCACACUAUCCGUGAUCUAGACUUUAUGCUCCUUACUCUUGGGACCACAACUCCCAAGUACGAUCCGAUAGUACCACUCGUCACGACUGGCUCCAAGAACCCGCUCAUCCUGUGCCAUCCUGGUGGUGGCGAAUUCUUGACUUGGUUGGGUCUGCUGCCUUACAUCCCAGACCGAAGGGUUUUGGCCUUACGUGUCCGUGGCUUCCACAAGUCCGAAACUCCUUUCGAGACCAUUGACGAGAUGCUGGACAUCUACGUCGAGGGCAUCAAGAAGCAUCAACCAGAGGGCCCUUAUGCACUUCUCGGUCUUUGCUUCGGCGGUCUCCUGGCUUUCGAGCUGGGGAAACGCUUGGAAGUCAACGGCGACGAGGUCCGCUUCAUCGCCGGUAUCGACAAUCCCGCCGACUUGCGCCGCAUACAAGUGCGCGAGAAGUCGCGAAACUUCUUCAUCGAUCUUCUUCACUUCUUCCAGAUUCUCUCAAUGGAAGAGGCUUUGCGCUGGGAAGAAGAAAUGAACGACAUCCCAGACGAUGAAUUCACUUCUGAGAUCUUCGCGCGCUUCCCGGACGGUACACUGGAAAGCAUGGGCCUGACGCACGCCAAGGUGGAGACGUGGUCCCGCAUCAACAACAACAUGCAGAACAUCACCAAAUCCUACGAACCGCAAGGCAAGGUGUCCAAAUUCGACAUCUUCUGGGUGCCGCCACUGCCGCAAUACAAUUGCUCGGAUGAGCAGUGGCGCUAUAACUGGCUGGCAGGCUGGAAGAAUCAUGUGGCUGGUUCUACACAAGCGGAUAUAGAUGUGGAAGACAGUGAAGGGCCGUUGAGGUACCAUCGGGUGGAGGGCUCGCACUUCACUAUCCUGCGGCCGGAGAAUAUUGAGGUUUUCCAGAAGGCGUUGAACACUGCCUUGGAGUUGAGGGGCUGUUAGGUUUCGUCACUUACUUGCUGUUUGGUCAUGAUUCUGGAGAUUAUUUUUUUGUUGGUAUCGCAGAAGUCGCUUCCUUUUUUCAGCUAUUGGUGC